UUCGAGCGAUUGCAGUUGGAGGCGGUGGCGCUUAUGAUUCAUCGUCACAGCUUAACAAGGUGCCAAAAAAGGCGGUCGACUUCGUCAGCCGGGAGUGUUUUGACCUCUUUGGUUGUGGGACCGACUCUUCGAGAGAGGAUAGUCGUCGAGCAACCGAAUGACCGUUUCCUAUGCCGGAUGAGAGAGUUGUCCGCAGCCGGUAGAAUUGGUGGAUUCGCAGUUGCAUCCGAUGGAGCCUUGGUCUUCGAGGGUAGACUUUUGUUCCGAGGCUUGCCUAAGCCUACUAGGUCUAGGUCUUCGCCAAUCCUACAUGCGUCGCCAACUGCGCACGCGGCUCGCCCAUGCGCCGCCGUUCCUAAGCUUCGCGCGCCUGCGCACCACUCGCGCCCCAUCGCGCACCCGCCCAUCUGGUUACCAAGCUCCCGCGCGUCAUUGUUAACCGCGUGGCUGCUGCCCACGCUCGAUAACCCCGCGCUAUUCCCGCACCUGUCCACUGGCCCGCGCGUCCCGCUCAGCGCCCCAGCGCUCCAUUCGCCUACUGCGCGCCUACGUGCACUCAGCGCUGUCCGCGUAUCGUCCAGCGCCCGAUGCGUGCUUGUCCAUUUGCUGCAAUCCCUCGUGCGCAUCAACCUCCCGACAUCCUCCCCCUGUGCACCACUUUGCCUAACCUCCAAGCGCCAUGCGCGUCUACGCCAAUGCGC